UUCAAAGGUUGAUGUGGUGUCUCGGUGCUCUGCAGGACACUGACCUGAAUUCAGCUUAAACGGCACACAUCUGCCCGUCUGAACACUCACUGAUCUACUGGCUCAGGAUGAGGUCUGCUCAGUCGCUGUUGUUUCUGGCGUUCCUGCCUUUGCUCUCUCUCGCUGAGCUUCCCGACAUCUGCAGCGCCAAACCAAAAGACCUCCCCCUAGAGCCGCGCUGCAUCUACCGUAGCCCUGAUCCAGAAACGCCCGAGGACCCGACCCUGGAACCUGAGGCGGUCCCGGAGUCCACUAACCCCCGAGUAUGGGAGUUGUCAAGGGCCAACAGCCGCUUCGCCUUGUCGCUAUACAAACAGCUGACCCUCAGCAAGACUGCGGGGAACAACAUCUUCAUGUCCCCCAUCAGCGUCUCCACUGCUUUCGCCAUGACCAAACUGGGAGCCUGCAAACAGACACUGGAGCAGAUUAUGAAGGUGUUCGAGUUUGAUACGAUCAAGGAGAAGACGUCUGAUCAGGUCCACUUCUUCUUCGCCAAACUGAACUGCCGUCUGUACCGGAAGAAGGACAAAACCACGGAGCUGAUCUCAGCCAACCGACUGUUCGGAGACAAGUCGCUAGCCUUUAACAAAACGUACCAGAACAUCAGCGAAACAGUGUACGGAGCCAAGCUGAUGCCUCUUAACUUCAAGGAUAAUCCAGACAAAGCCCGGGUCACUAUCAACGACUGGAUCUCCAACAAGACAGAGAACAGGAUCCGGGACACGCUGCCAGAAGGGGCGCUGGAUGCGACCACAGUCCUGGUCCUCGUCAACACCAUCUACUUCAAGGGUCAGUGGAAGAACAAGUUUGACCAAGAAAACGUUUUCACCCACGAUUUCUACAUCAGUGAGGAUGAAAAAUGUGAGGUCAACAUGAUGUACCAGGAGACCAAGUUCAAGUACAUGCAUUUCCCCGACGACAACGUGCAGGUGCUGGAGAUGCCGUACCGAGGAGAGGACAUCACCAUGGUGAUCAUCCUGCCCCAGAGAGGCGUCCAGCUCAGUCAGGUGGAGGAGGUCCUGGACCUGCAAAAACUGAACAGCUGGUUGCAACAGAUGAAGGAAACCACCGUCGCCAUGUCCGUCCCUCGCUUCCGGGUGGAGGACAGCUUCAGUCUGAAGGACAUGCUGCAGAAGAUGGGUCUGAAUGACCUGUUCAGCGCUGAAAAAGCCAGCUUGCCAGGGUUGUUGGAGGACGGCAGUGACAGUCUCUACAUAUCCGACGCCUACCACAAAGCCUUUCUGGAGGUGAACGAGGAGGGCAGUGAGGCGGCAGCAGUCACUGCUGUGGUGGCCGUCGGGCGUUCCAUUAACCUGAACCGCGAGGUUUUCCAGGCCGAUCGGCCGUUCCUCGUGCUCAUCAGAGAAUCCACUAUUAACACGCUGCUGUUUGUUGGCCGGAUUGCAAACCCCUGCAACCAAUAAAACUCUCCGUCUGGUGCUGCUGUCAGCAUUACUGCUGCUUCAUUACUUAAAAUCAUCUAAUUAUGCAAAACUGUAUCAGCAAACAUUAAGACCUGCAGCUCAGAAAGGCUUUAAUAAAUAUUUUUAUAAUU